AACUCAGUAAGACAUGAUGGCAUGGCGCUCUCUGUUACACAACAGAUGAGUGCUUGAGGCCUCUCUUCUUCCUCUCUCAGCCUCUCACCCCAACAAUGCACGCUCUCCGGCUGAGACCACCGCUAUUGACGACUCCUCCUUCCCGGCCUUCCUCUUCCUCUUCCUCUUCGUCUUCCCCAUUGAUAUACAGCUUCUACCGCUACUCCUCCCCUUCAUUUCUCUUCAGCUUCAGACCCAACAAGCGCUUCCACUUCCUCAAGCCAUGCUCCUCCCUCAAGCAGUCCAGGAAGCAGCAGACCCUCCAGAAGACCACCGCCCCUCAGAGCCUCAAGUGGUUCUUCGGCUCCAAGGGCGACGGCGGCGAUGACAGCGGUAAGCUCGAGGGCGAGGAGGACGCUGGCGGAUUGGAAGGCGAGAACGCUGUCAAGGGUACCCUUCUUGCCGGGGUGCUCUUGAUUGGCGUCGUGGGUGGGCUCGGCGCUGUUGGGUAUAUCUACAAGGACCAGAUUAAUGCUUUCUUGAAUCAGUUCUCCACUGUCAUUGAAGGUUAUGGCCCCGCUGGAUAUGCUUUAUUUGUCGCUGUUUAUGCUGGCCUGGAAGUCCUUGCGAUUCCUGCAAUUCCCUUAACAAUGUCAGCUGGUCUUCUUUUUGGCUCUGUUAUAGGCACAAUCAUUGUCUCCAUCAGCGGAACGGUGGCUGCAAGUGUGGCCUUUCUAAUUGCCAGAUAUUUCGCUAGGGAGCGCAUUCUUAAAUUAGUUGAAGGCAACAAAAAGUUUCUCGCGAUUGACAAAGCAAUAGGAGAGAAUGGCUUCGGGGUUGUAACUCUUCUUCGUCUGAGCCCUCUACUUCCAUUUUCUCUCGGCAAUUAUUUGUACGGGCUGACAUCUGUCAAGUUUGUUCCUUACGUAUUAGGGAGUUGGUUAGGUAUGCUCCCAGGAACAUGGGCAUACGUUAGUGCCGGUGCAUUUGGUCGAGCAAUCAUUCAAGAUGAAUCCGAAUUCGGUUUAACAGGAGGAAACGGCCUAUUGACCCUUGGACUUGGACUGUUAGCCACAGCAUUAGCCGCUGCCUAUGUGACACGACUUGCUAAGGAUGCAGUGAAAGACAUCGAGUAGACACCUUUCUUCAAUGGAUAGCCAUACAGAUGAAACUGUAAACAUUGGAGACGCAAUUUUACCCACUCAUGUAAAGUGAAGAUGCUUUCUCAUCAUUCAAUAAAGCAAAGUUAUGAUCGUUGCUCACUUUGCUCGUA